AUGGUCUGGUCGGUUUUCACCACCGCGUCCAGCUCCAGCAGCGUUUUCAUGCUCGACAACGACCGCGGGAUCUUCAUCGACGUGGACUCGUUGAUCUUCACGUCCACCCAUCGCCAGUCACCGCCCAGCUGUUCCAGUAGCACGAGAUUGCCUGUAAUUUGCAACCCGGUGGACUUAUCCGAGCUCCACGGCAGAUACGCCAACGGCAGCGGCAGGUCCAUCAGAUGGGCCCGCACUUGGCCCACAGACAGGUCGGCAUGCAGCGGCACCAGCGUCGUGUACUCGGAACUCUGGGUUGUCGAGAUAGUCCAGCUUGGCGAGUCGCGACCGCUGCUCGACCUUGCCCAGCUGGUACGCCAUGGCGAGCUGGGUCUCGAACGGGUCGGCCUCGAAACAGAGUGCCACCAUUUUGGCGUGGAACCGGAGUUCUGGGAUCAGAAUCGGCGGUUUGGCCUUUGGCUCGAUCACCAGCGACUCGUCGCCCGUUUUAAGCGUGUACAGGUGUUGUUUGAGCGUCUUGAUGGUGUUGGUGAUGCUGUCAAACAGUUUGUAGAUGAGGAACUCGUGCGGAAUGGACGCCUUGAUGAAUCCAAUAGAGAUUUCCACGGGGACAGCUAUUUCUGCGCGCGAGUCCUGGAUAGAGAGCAGUCGCUGCCACUUCUGGUGCUGCUCGAUCUGGAGCACGACUUUCUGCACAACGGCCGUGGUGGACGAGACGGAGGUUUGCUCCAGAAGCACACGGACGUGGAAAUCGUUGGCCAGCACCAGCUCGAGGUCGAGAUUGUGAAGCAGAAAAACGAACUUAGGAGGCGUAUAGCUGAUCUCGGGAAGGUCGAGAAGAUCUUUGGAAACGAUGUUGGUCAGGCUCAGACUGGCCGAGUCCGGAGUAACGAUGGAUUUCAAGGCGGUGAACUGGACUUUCACGGGGACGGACUCAAUGGCCAGGAAACCGUUCUGAACGACGAUAUUUGCGUUUGGACGGAAUUGUCUAAGUCUAAUGGAGGAUGUGGCUUCCACAGAAAGGGAAGAUACGUGGCCAUGGAGCGAUUCAUGGCGGAAGUCUAUUUUGGCAGCAGAAACAUGGAGUCGGAGCAAAUGAGUCUUUGA